AUGUCCCCGGUUCGCCUGCAUAGCCCAGUGCGGGCUAUUCCACCACCUCCACGCACCAGCACCAGGCGCCUGUGCAUGUCCUCGUCCAGUACCACUAGUGCCAGUCACCACCUCCCGCCUGUCCGGCGCUGCCGGACGCACCCAGCCCUCCCGGUGUCAGCUCCCCCGCCCCAGGCUUCCUGUGCAUGUCCCGCCCGCCCUCGGCCCAGUACCACUAGUGCCAGCACCAGAGGCGCAUCAGGCCUACAGUGGGCCCAGAGGCGCCUGCCCCUCGGCCCAGGCGCUCCCGCCCCUCGGCCCAGAGGCGCCAGAGCCUCCCUCCCGCCCCCCGCAGCCCAGAGGCGCCAGCCUCCCCAGAGGCGCCAGAGCCCCUCCCCAGCCCCCCCUCAGCCCAGAGGAGCCUCCCCUCCCGCCCCUCAGCCCAGAGGCGCCUCCCUCCCCAGCCCCCCCUCCCGCCCCUCAGCCCAGAGGCGCCUCCCUCCCGCCCCUCAGCCCAGAGGCGCCAGCCCAGAGCGCCAGAAGCCCAGAGGCGCCUCUGUCCCUAUGGAUUCUCAGAAGGCAGCCCGAUCUGCGCCCUCUUUUGCUCCGUCUUUUCUUCACGCAAAUGUCGGGAUUUGGGCCUGUUCCUGGGAGAGCAGUAUUAUCUGUUAG